AUGCCAUCUCGGGCUUUCCCGUCUCUGCAACCCAACAUGCUUAUGAAAAGAGCCCUCCGAAAGUCUGUGGCAGAGAAGCUUUCGCAAUUGACGGCUCAGACGAUUAAAACAGAAAGUAUUGCUAAUGCCAAUUCGUUAGCGAGCCUUCCAGAAUAUAUGGAAGCACAGAAUAUUGCAGUUUACUUGCAUAUGGACGAUGGAGAAGCCAGGACAGACACAAUCAUCACUAAAAUAUUUGAUGAUGGAAAAUCACUGUUUUUGCCGAAAAUUGUGCCUUUGAAAAAUAUGGAGCCCCAAUUUCCGAAUCAGAAAACACAUCUUGUUAUGAAACAUGUCAAGUCCCAGACUGAGAUCGACGCAUUAACCCCACAAGGACGAUAUAGGCUGAGAGAGCCCGAGAAGGGGGAGAACUGCUUUGCCAGGGGUGGUCUGGACCUGAUAAUUUUGCCAGCUGUGGCCUACACUAAAACCUGCCAGAGGUUAGGACACGGUAAGGGAUUUUACGACUCUUUUAUUCAGGAGCAUAUAAAAGUGACUGGGAACAAGCCCAAAUUGGUCGGAGUCGGAUUGAGCCCUCAGCUGGUUGAAAGCAUACCUACUGAAAGCCAUGAUGAGCAUUUAGAUGCGGUUGUAGUUGCUGGACAUCUAUAUAAAUAA